AUGUCGCUCGCCACCAUGCGCACUGGCCGCAUCGCCACCUCCAAGGCGCAGAGUAUAGGGUCGUCCGCUUUCAGCAGCCGUGCAUCGCGCAGGAGGGGCCUUUGCGUGCGCGCGACAACGGACGCGGCGGAGCCUGACGCGGCGGUCAUUGACAAGAACCUGGAGCUCAUGCGCCACUUCUCGGAGCAGUAUGCACAAAGGACGGGAACGUACUUUUGCGUGGACAAGUCGGUGACGGCUGUUGUUAUCCAGGGGCUGGCAGAGCACAAGGCGUCCCUGGGCGCGCCGCUGUGCCCCUGCCGCCACUAUGAUGACAAGGCGGCUGAGGCUGCCAACGGCUUCUGGAACUGCCCAUGCGUGCCUAUGCGCGAGCGCAAGGAGUGCCACUGCAUGCUCUUCCUGACGGAGGACAACGAUUUUGCCGGGCGUGAGCAGGAGAUCACCCACGAAGAGGUCAUUGAUGGUAUCAAGCACAUGAUGUGA